GUGCGCGCAAAGCAAAGAGGUCGCGCCCGGGCGCGCGCCGCGAGCGGGAUGACGCAGGGGCACGUGCAGGGCCGGGCCCCCAUGGCGCGCGUCCUUAAGGACUCGCGGCCGCGGGCGGCGGCACCUCCUCACUCGGCCUGUCAGCCGGCUCGUUUGGUGGCGUGCGGCCUCGGGCGAGGCUACGUCAUUUCUUCGGGGACGCCCGGAGUCCCGGCCAGGCUGGGGCGAGCGAGGGGAGAGCGGACAUGACGGAGGAAGAGGCCGAUUCUGUGGAGACCCCCGCGAGGUCAGGAUGGCUGACGGGGUGGCUCCCCACUUGGUGUCCGACAUCUUCAACCUUGCUGAAAGAAGCUGAAGAAAAGAUCUUGAAGUGUGUCCCUUGUCCAUACAAAAAAGAAUCUGUUUGUAUAUCCAGUAGAAAUAAAAUAUGGACGCUGAAAUUUUCUCAUGAUAUUGAACAUAAGACUCCACUUGUCCUCCUCCAUGGCUUUGGAGGUGGUGUCGGACUCUGGGCCCUCAACUUUGGAGAUCUUUGUGAAAACAGACCCGUAUAUGCUUUGGACCUGCUGGGAUUUGGGCGGAGUAGUAGACCUCAGUUUGGUGGUGAUGCAGUAGAAGCCGAGGACCAGUUUGUGGAUGCAAUUGAAGAAUGGAGAUGUGCUCUAGGUUUGGACACAGUGAUCUUGCUUGGACACAAUCUGGGUGGAUUCUUGGCUGCUGCUUAUUCACUGAAGUAUCCAUCAAGGGUAAAGCAUCUUAUCUUAGUGGAGCCAUGGGGUUUUCCGGAGAGACCUGAUAAUACUGAUCAAGAUAGGCCAAUUCCAGUGUGGAUCAAAGCUUUGGGAGCUGUAUUGACUCCUUUUAACCCAUUAGCUGGCCUCAGAAUUGCAGGACCCUUUGGCUUAAGCCUCGUGCAGCGUUUAAGGCCUGAUUUUAAGAGAAAGUAUGCGUCAAUGUUUGAAGAUGAUACUGUGACAGAGUAUAUCUACCACUGCAAUGUACAGACGCCCAGUGGUGAAACUGCUUUUAGAAAUAUGACUAUUCCUUAUGGAUGGGCAAAAAGACCGAUGCUCCUGCGAAUUGGUAAGAUGGACGCAGACAUUCCAAUUUCCGUAAUCUAUGGAGCCCGAUCUUGCAUAGACGGCAAUUCUGGCAAUACCAUCCAGUGCUUACGGCCACAUUCAUAUGUGAAGACUAUAGCUAUCCUUGGCGCGGGACAUUAUGUGUACGCCGACCAACCAGAAGAAUUCAACCAAAAAGUAAAGGAGAUUUGUGAUUCUGUGGACUGAUCCCAUUCAGAUCUCGAUGGACGGACCUGGUGACAGAUGCAGCUCCUCACUGAUAACUUAGAAAAUGUGAUGAAGAAUCAGGAAACCAACACAGGAAACUGAGCGGACCUCUUGGCUCUUAUUUUGCACAUUUGGCAUUUCUUCCAUGAAGUCACUCACACAUUUAUACCACAUAGUGCCUUUUUGGAUGGGAACCCCUUUUUAAAUAGAAAAUCAUUUUAAAUACAUACAGAAGUCUCAGAAGCUAAUACCUUUAAAUAAAGGGUUUCUUGCCUCCCUGACAGUGGAAAUACUGUAAUUUUUUAACUGGAAGAUUUUUUUCAGAUACAACUUUGCUAUAUUGAAUACUUUUUAUAUUGGAAUCUACCUUUCCACUAUAAAGACUUUGCUAUAUCAUUGUGUUAUGUAUUAUAAAGGUGCAAUUUAUUUUAUUUAUGUCUUCAUAUGAUUAACAUGCGUUUGCCUUAGGUUAGCCAUGUCCUUUCUCAAGAUGUGUUGAGAAAAAGCAAAUUUUUGUAUCAAAAGUUCCCACAUGGUCCUUGAUGUUGUGACCGGCUGGGAUGCUUCUUAAGGGAGGGAGAGAAGGAAGGGGCCAAAAGGAAUGAGCAUUGGACUGGAAGAAGCCAAGAACGAAGGCGCCAUGUUUCCCACUUCCAGGUCAAUGGGGCAGUAGGUCAGGGCCUUUGCAGGCACCCAUUUCUUUAAAACUUGCUGAGUCCGUUGUGAGCACGAUUGUUUGUUGCUUAACUGCUCAUAAAAGUCAUUGUUUAAAACAUAAACGUUAGCACAUAGGAAAGGCACUAGAGCAUAGUAGAACAAGCACUGGACUUGGAGCCACGAGGACUUGGGUUCAAAUCCCAUUUCCAGCAUUUUCUAGCUGUGGUUGAAUAGCUCACUUAUUCUCUCAGAGCCUCAGUUUUCUCAUCUAUAAAAUAGAGAUUCUGAUAGCACCUGCCUCCCAGGACCAUUGUGAGGCUCAAAUGAGAAGGCGUGUAAAAUGUUUGGGAAAUUUUAGAAAAGUGCAAUAUAAACUUUUAUUGUUAUCAUGUUUCCCUAAUAACAAGGGUUUUAAUACUCUGGUACUUCGAAGGUCUAAAUGACUUACCUGUACAACCUGUCUUUGUUAUAAUUAGAUCCUUAUAAAAUAUUGCAUUAAUUAAUGGGCCCAAACUACCUGCUCUGUUCCAACAACUGUUCUCAGAACAGAAGGUUUUCUUCCCUUGGAAUAUCAAGGCAUCCAUCUUCAAACCACAGCUGCCUUAUAGUAUUGUAACAAAUGAUAUCCCAUUUUCAUCAGCAGCUCGUGGGAUGGCUCUGAAAAGGAAGCAGCUGAUUUCUGUAGUGAAAAUUCAGGGUGUGUCUAAAAAGUUUUUUAAACAUUCGUAAUUAUAGCAUUGGAAUACUUUUUAAAAUUUAUAACUGUACAUAGUGUGUUAUGUGCAUGCACAUAUCUCUCUAAACACACGUUUUUAAACCCCCAAACUUUAAAUAACUGCCACAGAUGAUGAUACUUUAUUGCUGGGAUUUUUUUAAAAAUCUUCUCAUUGAAACUGAAAGCUAAAGCUGUGUAGUAACUGGUUGCCAAAACAUCUCUUAAUGGGAAACCAAAAAACCUGGGGCAGAGUUGCUGGAUGAGACAUUUGGGCUUCCCUUGUAUGUGGCAUUAAACUUUUAGGAGAGGCAAAUUUAAAUAAAGACUUGAAAAAUACAGCAAGUGAAGCCUUAACAUGUUUAAUUACAAUCUUUAAUAAUAAUUAAAUGUUGGGUUGUACCUCUUAGCAAACAGACUUCUGUUUUUCAGCAUUAAUAGGUGAAUUUAUUAUAGGUUAAUUUGCCUUGGUGAUCAAUGGUUCCUUCCACUAGUCAAAUAAAGUAGUUGGGUGCGAGAAGGUUAGAGGAUGAGACAUUUUGUUUUCAAGAAAAAUUUAAUAUAGGAUUAUUAGUUUGAAGUAUCAUCUUGAAUCUUCAGAUUACCUUUUACAGUCUUGAAAAGUUUUUUUAAGGUUUUUGGUUUAUUUUUAGGAUUUAAGGAGCGUGCCAAAAAAAAAAUCAGACUUUAUUAAACUUUGCUAUGUGACAUCUCUUACUAUAGUUAAAACUAUAAUUAUAAAAGUUUUGGCACUUUGGAGUAAAGCCACAUAUUGCAUCUGAGGUCAGGAACUGUUUGGUAUUUGGGGACAUUUAUUCCUGGAUUACUUGUUAAAUGGAAGUGAUUAUGUGCAAUCUGGCUAAAGUUGUUUUAACCUUUUGCUAUUCCUUUAGACUUAGCCUAUUUGCUGAUGUGUAUAUAUAGCCAAUUACACAGAUGCUUUUUCUGAAGAAGGCAUCCUUGAUUCCCUUAAUUUCUUCUGUGUGCUAACCACUUAAUGAUUUCUGAAAGAUUGUGGAAAAUGUGAAGAGUGCAGGACUGGAGAAAUGGAAAUGUCCUACUUUUCUAAUAUAUUUUGUCUCAUUAAAUUAAGUAAAAUUUACCUUAUUAAAUGUGAUGUGACUGUUAUCUAAAA